AAUGGAACGUGCCAGCCUAGAAAAGGCUCGCGGCGGUUCGCGCGAGCGUGCAUUUCACUCAGAUCCUGCAGGAGAACAGCCGAUAACGUUCUCGCCAAAGUAUUCGAUAACAUAAUUAUCAAUUCAUUUUUUUUCUUCAACUUGGGUUUUAUUCUGUCUCUCCCCUCGAGGUUAUGGGCGAGACUCCGCUGUGAGGCAGUGCCAAGUAGUGCGACGUAUCGUCUCCAUUCACGGGAGGAAUGAUGAAGAAGGAUAUUACCUUGAGCCUGGCGGACGACGCGGACCUCAAGCCGCAUCUCCGCGACGCCGAGAGCCUCCUCGGCUCCCCGGACCUGGGGCUGCUCAAACUGGCCUCCCCGGAGCUGGAGAGGCUCAUCAUCCAGUCCAACGGGAUGGUCACCACCACCCCGACGAGCCCCCAGUUCCUCUACCCGAAGGCGGUGACGGACGAGCAGGAGUUCGCGGAGGGCUUCGUGAAGGCGCUGGAGGAUUUACACAAGCAGAACCAGCUGAACGGAGCCGGGCAGACGGACCUGGAGCUGGGCGUUAAUAUCGCCGCGGUCAGCGCACAGGCGGAUCUACCGGUGUACACCAACCUGAACGGUUACGGUAUUCUGGAAGCCACCGUCAACUACUCCACGGACGCGCUCCCAUUCCCGCCGCCGCAGCCGCCGCAUCACUUGCAGCCGGAGCUGUCGCGCCUCCAGCCGCUGAAGGAAGAGCCCCAGACGGUCCCCGACGUCCACAGCUUCGGCGACAGCCCCCCGCUGUCUCCCAUCGACAUCGACUCGCCGGAGGACACGAAGGCCGAGAGAAAGAGACUCAGGAACCGGAUCGCGGCGUCCAAGUGUCGGAUGCGCAAGCUGGAGCGCAUCUCCAGGCUGGAGGACAAGGUCAAAUCGCUGAAGAGCCACAACACCGAUCUGGCCUCCACGGCGAGCCUGCUGCGCGAACAGGUGGCGCAGCUGAAGCAGACAGUGCUCAACCACGUCAACAGCGGCUGUCAGGUGCUGCCGCACGAGGUCCAGGUGCACUAGUCGGGGGAGCGGACCUGACGGCGGGCCGCUGACCAGCAUAUAAGCUCCAUGGACUUUGUUAGUGUUCGGUUCUCCGUAUUUAGCGUACGUUGCCCAGGUGCGUGUGUGUGUGUGGGUGUGUGUGUGUGUGUGGGGGGGGGUAGUCAAUGCCAGACCCACAUAGGCCAAAUUGUACAUACAUUAUUGAGCGUUCAAAUGAUUUUGAGCAACAGUAAUAGACCAAAAAAACCAUGAACAAUGAAGAUGACGCUGAUGAGGCCUAUCACUCGGACAUGUGUUGGACAUUUUAAUUGGUGAGGAAAUAUCCACAUUGGUCCACAGGCGCCUCAGAGUUAAUCAUUGAUUAUUUCAGUGAUUUCUUUUUGAUUUAUUGCGUGGAUGACUAGGUGGAUCGUUGAAUUUGUUUGAUGAGAUCCUGAUCCUUCCUUGUACAUGUGUGUACAGGUGAACGAGGCAGCAUUAAACUGCAGGGUUUCCUCAAUGGAAUUUGGCUACGGCCUCUGCUGAUAAAAGAAAAGCUCAACUGUAGUGACAGAAAGCAUCCAAUUUGACUUCUUUUCAAUGUAAAAACGUUUACAGCUUAGUAUAUGUGGUCUCAAACCUGGGGUAAACCCCUUUACAGUUUCUACAGUAUUAUGAAUGGAACACCUGUUUAUGACACAGACAUUCUUAAUAAACGAGGAGGUGACUUUAGGAGGAAAUGCAUAUGCCCACAUUUGAAAUGUAAAUGAUAAUCCACAUAUAUGGACCGUUUACCACAUUUUUGGGGAAAAUUCUUGAAUGUUGCCCACAACUGGUUGUCAAAGGGUGCAACUAUUUAGUGUGUCACAAUUUAACAACGUAUUCUUGUUUUAAUGUGAAAAGUUGUAAUUCUUUGUUGCACUUACUAUUUCUAUCACCUUAAGCCUGCAGGUGUUUGGAUUCAUGCCUCUGUGUUAGGAAGUUAAUGCUGCCUGGCAAUUAACAUUGUUUUCUACAGUUUGGAAAAACUGCAUGCAUGUUGGUAAAAUCAUUGGUUUAAGUUAGAAUGUGCAACAGUGAACCAGCUGUUGAUGGUGGAUGGGCCUCAAAGAAGGCCAUCCAAUCCGGGGCACACUGUAACCAUUCGUUUUUAGAUCAUGUUUCAUAAAGGUAUUCAACUCA